AUGCCUCCUAAGAAGAAAGUCAAACGCAACAUCUCUGGUCUCCGAAAUCAGUCGAAGCCCACGACAGGCGUUUCUCACACGGAUUCGGAGCCAAUCUGCGGCCCGCGGGUGGAAACAUCCCACACACCUGAUCUGCUGAUAGAUAACGAUCUCGAUGAUGUCGACGAUGAAGAGUGGGUUCCCAAUGUGCACGUUGACAGCAGUAGACCAGUGUGUGAUGGUGUAGAGUCCGAUGGUGAUAUUGAUAGUGAAGACGAAGAGGAUUUUCUUGACAAGGUCGAGGAAAUACGGCCCGGGGUGAAUCCAAGAAAGUACAGAAACAAGGGCUUGUAUGUCGCCCUCAUGCGAAUGGCGAUGGAUGUCGGGGACAAUUUGAUGGAUGAGGAUUGGGUGCCAAAAAAGACAAGAAAGAAGUUGCGGAAGGAGAGAAAGAUCGCAAACCGUCCUAAAGAAUAUAAAAAAGGUCCAGAUGUUGGGAGCAAAUCGACGCGAACUCAAUGUCGUUAUAAGUCCCUUUUAAAAGAUCAGAAGACUCUUGAAGAUCUCGGAUUCACGAAGACUGACAAAAGGCCAUGUAUAGACCAUGAGGACAACAUGGAAUCAGAUUCAGGUCAAUCGGAUUCGAGUGGAUUUGGGGAAGAUACAUUUGAGGUUGACACAAUCAAGCAGGAGAGUCCAGAGCUCGAAAUUCCUCUUGAAAGAGACGCAGAGAUUGUUGCCGAAGAAGAUGCAGGAGAAAAUGACAUUCAAAUUCGCAUUGAAUCUGCCAGCCCACCCCGUUUAAUGUUUGAUGACGAAACCCCAGCAGAUGUUUUUUGUGAUUUGGUCCAGAUCCGUGAAGAAUCGAUGAGUCCACCGCGUUUAUUAUUUGAUGACCAGAUCUCGCUCCUAGGAAAGAGAAAGAAUGGAUGCGAGAGUAACCCCGAAAAUUCUGCAGACCCCCAUCAUGCAGCUCAGAAAAAUACUGAUGAUUUAGAACUUGCAGAUGAGGAAUGGGAGGCGGAACUCGACGAAUGCUUUGCGUCAAAUCCAAGCGAAAUACGAGACUGGCACGCACUUCGCGAUCAAAUUAAGAAUGACCUCAAUAAAAAAUUCAAGUCGCUUCCCUUAUCCCAAAUUAACCAACUCAUGAUUCUUCGUAAUUUCGCCACGCUUCGCCUCAAAGGACUUGGUAGAAUAGAAGCAAGCAAAGACAUUGCCAAGCAGUGGCACCAAAAACUCGAAGGAUCGUCAGAUCAUUUUGCAAGGAGAAUCCGAGCCCUUGCACGCCACUAUCAAAUUUUUGAACAGCUUCCCCGGGAGCGACGUGGUGGGCAGAAGAACUCACGAUCAAUUUUGAAAAAUGAGGCAGUUCGUCGUGCAUCUCGUGCUUGGCUUAUCCAGCAGCAGAAGGGGAAAGUUACCCCAGUCAAAUUUCAGAAAGGCCUUAACGAAUCAAUACUUCCAUCGCUCGGUAUUUAUCCCAACAAGCCACUUUGCGAGAGAACAGCUCGUCGCUGGCUCGUUAAGCUUGGUUGGCAUCGCACCAGAAUUAAGAAGGGCGUUUACGUGGAUGGACACGAACGGGCAGAUGUUGUUUCCUAUCGUCAGAAUAUUUUCCUUCCAAAAAUGGCCGAAUUUGAAAGCCGAAUGGCGAGGUAUGAGCGUAUAGGUGAUGAUUUACAGAGAAUUUCACCCUUGCUUCAACUGGGAGAGAAAGAAAUUAUCCCCGAGUUUCACGAUGAGUCGUCUUUCCAUGCCUUUGAGCAUACAGCAUCGGUUUGGUUACAUUCAACGGAGCAGAUCAUCCCAAAAAAAGACAGGGGACGCUUAAUACACAUCUCAGAAUAUAUUGAGGCUGAGAAUGGGCGUUUGGUCGUGAACGGCCCAAACGGUGAAGUUUUAAAGGAAGCACGGCAGAUAAUCUAUCCAGGCUCCAAUGGUGAUCCAUGGUGGGAUUCCAAGCAGCUUAUUGAUCAGGUGAAAAACAAGGCAAUCCCGGUUUUCGAAGAAGCACAUCCAGGAUGCCAGGCACUUUUUAUCUAUGAUCAAUCAUCUGCUCACGCCGCAUUAGCACCUGAUGCGCUCAAAGCCUUUGAAAUGAAUAAAUCGAACGGUGGAGCGCAACGUCGGCAAAAAGACACUAUUAUUCCAGAUUCAAAUCCAUUUCCAGAAUAUCGCGGCAGGAUUCAAAAAAUGACCACCGAGACUGGGCAACAAAAAGGGCUUCAACAAACUCUUGAAGAGCGUGGCUUUGAUGUGCGCCACCUUCGCGCUAAAUGUGCACCAGUCUGCCCUUUCGAGAAUGAGAAUUGCUGCAUGGCACGUCUUCUCAGUAAGCAAGAAGAUUUUGCUAACCAGAUUUCCGUUCUUGAAACUGUAAUUCGGGAGGCCGGGCAUGAGUGUAUUUUUCUUCCUAAAUUCCAUUGCGAGCUCAAUCCCAUUGAAAUGUAUUGGGGAUGGGCUAAAUACAGAUAUCGACAAGUAGACAAGAAUACUUUCCAACAGGCAAAAGACGCUGCCUCAGAAGCGCUGAACGCUUGUCCUCCUGAGGUGAUCUGGCGAUUCAUCAACCGAUCGUGGCGGUGGAUGUCAGCUUAUCGCAUCGGAUUGACUGGGGAGGCUGCCCAGUGGGCUGUGCGAAAGCAGAAAGGGCAUCGCAGCGUUUCGAGGACCGCAAUGAUGCAUUUAGACUCAGUACUCAACUAA